AUGGAUCCUCAAGUUUACAAGGCUGCACGGCUUGGUGACAUUACACUUCUCCAACAAGUAGUGAUUGAAGAUUCUAGCCGAUUAAUGAAGCAAACUCCACAAAAUAACACAACCCUUCACGUCGCUGUGAGGUUUGGUCACACAGAGUUUGUAGAGGAAGUGUACUCUGCGCUUCUCCAACACAAUUCAAGUCUAGAAGGCAACACGGAGUACAACAAAACCCUCUCUUUUCUCUCACAAGUGAACUCAGAAGUUAUUCCUGAGAAACUAAGGAUGAGAAACAUGAGCUUUCACACAGCCCUGCAAGAAGCUAUGUGUGGAAAUGACCAUGAGAUGGUUAAGUUGCUGGCUGAGGCAGAUCCUGAUUUUGGGCAUCCCAACUAUGAUGCUGAUGCGGAAGGGUAUGGGGAGUCUCCAAUCUACCUAGCUGCCAGAGACGGACAUUUGGAUAUUCUCAACCAAAUCUUUCUCAUUUGUCCAUCUCUAAGUCACGGUGGACCACAUGGUCGGACAGCUUUACAUGUGGUCGUCGUUGAGAGGAGGCUAGAUAAUAAUGGAAGGACCACUGUCUACUAUGCAGUAUCCGACGGUGCCUUCCGGAUAGUACAACAGUUGCAAAGAAGAAAUAAGCCUUCCGGUGACCUCAAGAUAGUAAAGCAGUUGCUGAGGCAUGAUGGUUCCAGUGCGUAUAAAUUGGAUAAAGAUGGUCUCUCACCACUUCACAUAGAUGCACUUGAAUCAAGCAAUCAGGAUGUACAUAGGGAUCAGAAGCUAGGGGUCUCCUUCAAGGACUGCAAGGUGCCAAAGAGCAAGUCUAGGGAGAAAUACGAGUUUAGACUGAUAGUGAGGUAG